AUGCGUUUCAUUCUCUUCUUUGCCCUCUUCGCCUUCGCCUUCAUGGCCUCCGCUCAGAUCCUCUCUGACGCGACCUCCGCCCUCGGCGGCGCCACCUCCGCAGUAGGCAGCGCCGUCGCCUCCGUCACCGGCGACUCCUCUUCCUCCGCCAGCGCCUCCGCUGACGACUCAGAGUCCUCCUCUGCCGCUGAGUCCGAGUCCGGCUCGUCCUCCGCCGCCGCCGAAUCUGGCUCGUCCUCUGCUGUCUCUUCUGCCGCCGAAUCUGGCUCGUCCUCUGCCGCCGGUGCCUCCGAGUCCGGCUCCUCGUCCUCGGCCGCAGAGUCCGGCAGCGGCAGCGGCAGCGCCAGCUCCACCCUCGCGACCUCGACCACCGGCGGCGGAUCGUCCGCCUCGUCGUCGUCGUCGUCCUCUUCGUCUUCCUCGUCGUCGUCGUCGGCCGCCAACGCGCUCUCCGGAAAAUCGGCGCUCAACGGCUACCUCGCCCUCGUCGGCACGCUUGUCGCCGUCAUGGUCGGAUACGAGUUGUAA